AUGUCCAAUAACACACUAAAAAAAUGGAUGGAAUCAUUUAAUGAUCUCUUAGGCGAUCUCACCAAAAAGAUCCAACACUCCUAUGAUAAAAGUGUUAAACAAUAACAAAAAGGAGAGGAAGGCUCAAGUAAUGAUUGGAUUAAAUAUUUGUCAUUAAAUUAACUUGCUUUUGAUAAUCAAGAUGUUUAUAGAAUGAAAUACAUAAAUGAUAGAUUUGUUUUAAGCCAAUUUAUUUUCUAGCAAAGAUAUGACGAAUAAGAAUACUAAGUUAAAUUAUUGAAUAGUUUUUCAGAAACAGAAAUAUAGCAAGAAUAAUAUCGAAAUUCAAUUUUUGAGUUCUGCAUGAAUGAUAAUAAAGCUCUCCUUUUAAGUAAUAAUUCACUCUUAAUCUUUAGUAAAAUAAUAAGUCAAAUCAAAUAAUAGUCGAAGUGAUUUGUAAUCGGUACUGUUAAUCAAGGAGGUUUAUGCAGGGUUUAUUCAUGAUGACAAGCUAUAUCUUUUCCUCAUUAAAAAUAUCAGCCUUUGUCAAUAGGCGGGAUUUCAUCCACUAAAUCCCAAUUAUCUGGUUCUUCUUUAGGCAUCUCAAGAAUUGAAUAGAUAACAUUCUUAUCAAAAGUAAUAUAGUAUUUUUAUCAAUCUAGGGAAUAAUAAUUCUUAGUCUUUGAAAUUAAAGAUCUCAGACAACCAAUUGUAAGAAUCAAUUUGAAUUCUGCCAUGAAUGGAAAUGCAUUAGCCUUCUCAUUUGCUUAAAUAGAAGAUCCUAAUUCAUUUCUCAUCUAUUUUGUAAAUAACUUAGGAAUCAUAUAUUAUUAUGAGUUGAUUUUACCAGAUAUGACUUUCAGACUGCAAACUAAGAUGUAUUUACAGGCAUCAAAACAAGAAUUGGUUUAGUUUGUCAAAGACAAGCCAGAAAAAGAAUUCAAAAUCAAUUACAGCAUUACUACAUAGGAUGAUUAUCAAAAAGGAAAUAUUAAAUUUUAAUCAUUUUCAAAUAUAAAUUACUAAUUACCAAAAAGUAAUUAUGUUUUAUUUCAAAAAUUGGCAAUUGCAGAUUAUUAUUUAUUCUUUAUUGUAUCUAAACAAGCCAAUGAAGAUCUUAUUGUUUAAGCAGUGAUUGGAAAGGAUUUACAAAACCUCUAUGAAAUAUAUUAAGAUGAAAUUAGAUUCACAAAAUCAGUUGAUAAUGAUCUCCUCAUAUCGCAUCUACGUAAAAGUGACUUACCUAAAAUUGUGUAUUGCAGUGAAAAUGUUACCUAUGUUGUGCAGAAUCAAUUUGAUUUGCCUAAUAGACAUCAACUACUCUUGCUGUAUCAUAAUUCAUUAAUUUCAAUUGAUUUUUCAAAUUUGGUUCAAUAUAAGUAAGAUUAAUCUCCUAUAAAUGUUACUUGCAUUGAUUUGUUACCUUUUUCAAGCAAUGAUUAAAGUUCAUCAGAAUAAUUCAUACUUUAAGUGUUAUGUCUGGAUCUAUACAAGUCCAAAUAGUUGCUAUUAAGAACUGCGAAUAAAGCCCAAAAAUAAACAUUUCAAAUUAUACCUCAAAAAUUACUCUUGGGUUUGACAGAAUCAAAUUCAGAAAUUAACAAAAUCGCAUUAGAUUUUCAUUAAGCAUAAAAUGUUUAUUUGAUGAAUAAAGCUAUUUUACAAUAAUUCAAAAAAUAUCUUACGGUUAUUAGUGAAAAGAGACUCCCCUCAUGUAAAACAGAGGAAGAUAUCGUUUCUAUAAAUGAAGAUCUUUCAACAUGUUUUCAGAAAUCUAUCAAAGGAGUGGCAAUCAAAAUUAAAUUAGAAUCUGAAAAUGUAAUAAUUUAUAUAAUAUCUUAGAUGUAUAAUGACAUUGAAUUAAAAAGAAAAGAGGACCUAACUCAAUAAGAGGAAAGAAAUUUACAACUAUAAAAAAAGAUAUCUGAGAAAAAUGAAAAGAUAAAUUCACUACUUGAAAGAUUGUAAUCAACACCCUCAGCUGUGAUAAGAUAGUAACUAAUAAAUUAACAAUAAUAAUCUGAUCUAGAGUAAUUUCUACUAUAAUUUGAAUAAAUUCAAGAACAAAUAAGAUAGAAUAAACGACAACUUGAGGAUUAAAUAUAAGUAAGUAAUAGAACCAAGUAAGAGAUUGAAGCUAUAUAAUCGAAUCUGAUUUAGUAAAUAUUAUAAAAAAAAGAUUGA